UCAAACUUCAAACUCCCCCCACGCCAAGUCCCCGUCUUCCGCACCCGAACGUUGCCCCUCCCAGUUCCCACCCCAGGACGGACCUGCUCGAUAACGUCUCGUCACCUCUCCAGCUCUCCUCCCCCACGGUUCAAGCCGCAAACCACCUGGCGUACGUGCAACACCACCUCACGUUUCCCCAAGAUCGAUCCCGACCUCGCUCGUGCGCACGUGAUGGUGCGGCGCGGGGCGGCGGCGGUGGCGGCGGCGGCGCGCGAGGAGGAGUCCUCGCCGGCGCAGAGGCUCGUCGAGGCCGCGCUGCUCGGGGACGCAGGGGCCGUGGAGGCUUGCCUGCAGGCGGCCGCGGACCCGGUGGCCGCGGACGUGCCCGCCGCGAGCCGCGUCGGGGUUGCGCGCCUGCGCGUGAGGUCUGCGGACGUGGCGCUGCGGGAGGAGGCGCCGGGCGAGGUGCUCGUGGAGGCGCGGGAGCUGAAGACCGACGUCUCGCCGCUCUUCGCCGCCGCGCACGCCGGGCAAGCCGGCAUCGUCCGUGCCCUCCUGGAGGCUGGAGCUGAUGUUAAUCAGAAGUUAUUCCUAGGUUAUGCAACAACAGCUGCUGCACGUGCUGGAAACAUUGAUAUUCUAGAAAUGCUUAUGCUGGCGGGAGCCACCCAGGAGACUUGUGAAGAUGCAUUAUCAGAAGCUAGUCUUUUUGGUGAGACUGAAGCAGUUCGAAUCCUAGUUUCUUCAGAGGUACUUGGUUCUGAGGCUAUGGCCCAUGCACUAGUGAUUGCUGCUUCAAGGGGCUUUGAUGAUAUAGUGGUCAUACUACUCCAGAAUGGAGCUGAUGUUAACUGCAUGGCUCGGGUUCUCUUGAGGUCUGUUAAGCCUGCGCUCCAUGCUAACGUGCACUGCACACCAAUAGUGGCAGCAAUUAUAAGUCGGCAAAUUUCCAUUGUAAAACACUUGAUAGAGGAAGGUUCUUACUUGGACUCUCUUGUGCAAGUUGGUUCUUGGUCUUGGGAUCCUGUGUCGGGUGAAGAACUUCGUGUAGGUACAUGCCUUGGUGAACAUUACAACGCUAUUUGGUGUGCAGUAGAAUACUACGAAUCCAGUGGUGAAAUUCUCAAGCUACUGCUUGAUAAAGCUCCUUGGUUGUUGGAAUCACCAAAAAAGGGUCGAAAUCUUCUUUGCCAUGCCAUACUCUGUCAGAACCCGAAUGCAGUAAGUUUGCUUCUGCAUUGUGGCGCCAAUCCUAGAUUUCCCAUCAUGACAGUUGGUGGACAUGUUUCCUGUCCUAUGCAUUUGGCGGCAAGAUUGGGUAACGCGCAAGUAUUGAAACAGCUUAUGGUACAUGGAGCAGAUGUGAACGCAAAAACCUCUACUGGGGAUACUCCUCUCAUGGUCUCUGCAAGGGCUGGUCAUCCUGACUGUUUCCUGGAGUUGAUAAAAUUUGGAGCUGACCUUGGGAUAGUCAACCAUGAAGGAGAUACCGCAAUUAUGAUAGCUGAGAGAAGUUCAUUUCACUUCUCAGUUGUCGACAUUCUCAUGAGAACAUUGAACUGUGGAGCAGGCCUUGUUUCAUCUGAUAUGACUCUCUUCUCCCCGCUACACUUCUUUGCCAGAAGUGGGCGUGCAGAACCUCUUCUAAUGAUGCUACAUCAGUCAGCUUCAGAUUUAAACAAGCUUGAUGGUUCAGGGCUCACUCCUGUUAUGGUUGCUGCCGCGUCAGGUCAUGUUGAUAUUUUCAGGAUCUUAGUGAUGGCGGGGGCAGAUAUCACAAUCAGAAAUGCAGAAGGGAAAUCUCUUAUGUCAAUUAUUCGACAAAAAUCUUCAGAGAUUAGAGAUUGCUUUGAACAGAUCUUGCUCCAAGCUUCACUUACCAACACACUCACUGGCCAAACAUCAUUCAGACCUCUGCAUUACGCAGCUCGAAUCGGCGACAAGUCAUCUUUACUGCAACUUCUGAAAAUGGGCUAUGAUCCCAAUUCACUGGAUGAAGAUGACUUCACCCCUCUGAUGCAUGCAGCUGCUUCCGGCAGGCUAGACUCGUGCAAAAUAUUGGUAUCACACGGAGGGGCAGAUUACAGUCUUGUGAAUGAAAGAAAUGAGACAGCCCUAUCGUUAGUAAGGAGGAGCAGUAGAUCCAGCAAAGCAACAGAAGAGUGGUUGCUGGAUCAACUUUCGCGUGCUCAUGUUCUUGCUGGGGAGGAGCUGAUGAAACACACACGAGAAGGGAAGGGCUCACCUCACCAAAAGACCGUGCGCAUGACAAAAUCUGGCGUGCUGACUUGGGGAACCUCUCGCAGAAGGAAUGUGACAUGCAAGGAGGCAAGAUUUGGGCCAAGUAUGAGCUUCACGAAGAACAGGAGGAGCACAGACAGAUCUGCGCAGCAGCUGAUCUUUCUGGUUGUGACAGUGACAGGCAGAGAGGUCCAUUUUGAGGCCCGUUGUGCUUCCAGUGUGGAAUUCUGGGUCAGAGGGAUCAAUCUCAUUGCAAAAGAGUCCACAUGUUCAAGGCCAGAUAAAGAGGCAGUGGAACAAGCAUAGCCAGUCCUCAUGAAGCACAGCCUUGCUAUUGAUAGUAUGAGUGUACAUUUUGCUCUUCUCUCAAAAAAAGGUAUGCAUUUUGCUCUUUAAGUUAAUAGCUUAUUUUUGAAGCUUAUAAGUUAAUUACAUAUUUAUUAGGGUUGCUAAGGGCUGAAAAUAACAUAGUUAUUUAUCACGUUCCAUCGUCAUGCUUGGGUUGUGGAUUUCGGAUGUAAGUUUGGGAACCCGAAUCUGAAAUAUAUUUAUCUGUGAGUGUAUAUAAAUGUCAUUAUUUAUGGUGAUUUAUUCUUGUUGAAAAUUGCUUUAUUUUGAUGUGUUCUUUACAAUUGACCAGUAGACCAGCAUCAUGAUACUAUUAUUCUAGUCGUGAAAUUUUUUCUCAAUAAUACUCAACAAGAGAAUCAUGUAUCUUUGUGUUAAGAGAGAAUUGAUGAAUUACAACGUGACAUAUUAAGGACGCAACAUACUAAGAGAUAAUUGUAUAAAGCACUAGCUAGCCCAGUUACUCAUUUAUGGUUGCAGUAAUUACGGUAAUGCUUCUCCUAGAACGUCCGAUACGGGAUGAAAAUAUAGGACGCACACAUGUGCCACGUGACUGCUAUCCAACUUCCCACCUACAUCCACACUCCCGUUAAUUCUUUUUACCAUAGCUUUAGCUUCUUAUUCUCUUUUCAACCUUAUACAUUCGUCCUGAUCCUUUAUCUCCAUGUCCCGAUGCCUCGGCAUCCUAAGUGGAGGCCACCGCCGACUCCUCAUCCAGCACCGCGGGGGCGCAGUGAAGGCCUCCCACACCCGUACCGAACGUGCAUAGGCCUCGAAGUGCUCGUCAAUGGCUCUGGCGGACGACAAUGGUGGUCUAAGCCACUCGAUCUGUAGCAUCCUAGCACAAGAUGUCAAUUCGAGUUUCCAGAAAAAUGAUUCCAGCAACGAGGUGUUGAACCUGGUGAUGGGAAGCUCAAUCCUGAACUUCUGGUGGCACGGCGAUGAAGAGCUCAAUCCACUCCUCUAAUAAGAGCUCAAUGUUGAUUGACUAUCGCCGAUUCAAGUGGCUAGGAGAUAGAUACUAGCAACCGGGAUUAAUUUAGGUGCCGAGGAGCUGGACGAUGAAGGUAAGUAGAUGAUUUCGGGGGCGAUGGGUUUUUUUAUGUUGCAGUAGUUCAUUUACGAUGUUGUGAAUUAUAUCGCUUGAUGUUGCAAUAUUAAUUUUGGGAUGUUUCU